AUGGCUGCCCCGUCAGCGAGUGGUCCUGGCAAUCUGUCGUCUUCGGACAGCUUCUCCAGGCCACGGGCAGGCUCAAAGUCGAAGCCCUCCCCUGCCGCCGACCCGAUCCUGCGCAACGCCCUGCGCUACACAAUCACCUCGCGCGAAUAUGAGAAGCUGCACAAGUUUGUCCUCUCGCGUUCCCGCGUGCUGCGUCGCAAGGUCCCAUCCCCUACCGCAAUGGAGAAAUACAUGGACGGCAGCUCUGGACGCCGCUCCUCGAGUGAGGCGUCCCACGACCUACCCCAGCCGAGGGGCUCCGACAAGUCCAAGGGAGCCAGGCCAAAGGCAGGUGAGCCGACGGCCGCGGGUGACACCUACAACGCCCGCGCGGUUCGGCAUGCCCUACGCGUCUUCAUCGUCACCAAUGUCGGCAUGAAGGCCUACGAAGUCCUGAUGGCUCGCAUCAAAGGAGGACAGAGUGCUGUGGCCUCAAAAUCCAAGGAGCCAUUCUAUAGAUCGGCAACAAUGCGCUUGUCCUUGUCUCUCUCGACAAUUUUGCUGCUCUAUCGCCUGCUGUUCCGCUUCCUUAGCCGCUUGCGUGCCCACCUCCUCGACCCGUCAGCCAUGCCAUUCAGGCAGCGGAACCCGCGCACGGCGCAAGCGCUCACCUCGCCAAUCGCCCCCGCUGUCGGUGCCAGUCUGGCGGGCCUGGCGCUCGGUGUCUACCCAUCGAGCCAGUUCCGCUUGUCGGUUGCCAUUUACACAAUCUUCAGAGCACUGGAGUUCGGCUGGAACAUGCUGGAAGGCGACGGCACCAUCUGGGGUUUCAGAGCCCGCGCUGGUGGCAAGGGUCUCAUCAAGAAUGAGCGGCCUUGGUGGUGGGGGAGCUGGAUGCUGCAGCCACUGGCCUUUGGCCAGUUACUCCAUGCCGCCAUCUUUGAUCGCGACUGCGCGCCGGCGCCCCUUCUGGCCCUGCUAUUCAAGGGCAGUUCCACAUAUCUGCACGAGGCUCCCGCAAACCUGCCUGCUAGCAUGCAGUGGCUGGACCCAGCCGGGGUUGCAGACAACCUCGCAGAAAUGGCCAAGCUCAAAUGGCCCUCGUUCGUGUCUCCUGCCAUGUUUCCCGGUCAGCAGACACUCCCUGCUUCGCUUGUGGCACUCGCACCGCUCACGGCCCAAGCGCAUCCCCUCAUUACCUCGCUCAGUUGUGCCACGCUGCACCCCUCGGAUCCGUCAUGUGCGCGCACGACACUUACCUUCUGGGCACAGACACUGCCUCGCAUCGGCCGUGUCGUCCUGUUGUUCUACUCGCUGAUGAUGCUGCCAAAGUUCAAGCUGUUGUACAACUCGCCGCUAUACCUGAUCAACAAGCUGCUCGCAAAGUCUCUACGCAUGUCCACAUUUGUCACUGGCUCACUAUCAACAUUCUGGGCUAGCAUCUGCUUCUUCCAGAACUGGUUCCCACGCAACUUCUUCGCCACGCAACGGUUUUUCCUGGGUGGCUUCCUCGCCGGCCUCUGGGCCUUUAUCGAGCGCAAGAGCGGCCACGGCAUGUUCAUGUACACAGCCCGUGCCAGUGUCGACUCUUUGUGGAAGGUUGGUGUCAAGCGUCGGUGGUGGAAAGCCAUGCGUGGAGGCGACGUGUGGGUUUUCGUCCUUGCUUUAGCCGUCACGGGAGCUGUCUACGAACGAGAUGCUGCAGCCAUCCGUGAGGCGUCUUGGCGCAAGGGGGUGAGUUGGCUCCAGGGCACCGACUACCGAGAUUGGGGUUUCGAGGAUGAAGAGGACGAGAAAGAUGGAGAUCGUUCCAAGGACGACUAG